CCGGGGCGGCAGGGGGCGCUGCAGCCGCACCGGCUAGAGGAGCAGCUCCCGUCCCGUUCGGCUGAGCAGCGGCAGCAGCAAUCAGUGACCGUCCCGGGCCGCUCGGACAGCAGCCCGGGGCCGUGCGACUCUGCUAGCCGACAAAACCUCCAGACUGCAGCGGAGCCUCCGCGCCGCACAGGCCGCCUCAGGAGCUCCGUGCGCCGGGGAGACACACACACACAGCCCGACAGCGAGCCGAGCCGAGCGAGCCAAGCUAAGCUAAGCUCAGUUAGGCUAGGCUAGCCCGGUUAGCCCGCUGGGAGCCAUGGUGCUGGGGCUGGCCGACCUGUCGGCUAACGGUCGCAUCGCGGCCGGGCUGCUGGUCAACCUGCUGUCGUCCAUCAGCAUCGUCUUCCUCAACAAGUGGAUCUACGUGCACCACGGCUUCCCCAACAUGACGCUGACGCUCGUGCACUUCUCGGUCACGUGGCUGGGCCUGUUCGCCUGCCGCCGCCUCGACGUCUUCGCCCCCAAGCGGCUGCAGGUGCGGCGCGUGCUGGGCCUGGCGCUCAGCUUCUGCGGCUUCGUGGUCUUCACCAACCUGUCGCUGCAGAACAACUCGGUGGGCAGCUACCAGCUGGCCAAGGCCAUGACCACGCCUGUCAUCAUCCUCAUCCAGAGCGCCUGCUACAGGAAGAGCUUCUCCACCGCCAUCAAGCUCACCCUGGUUCCUAUAACAUUAGGUGUGAUCCUGAACUCGUACUACGACGUUCGUUUCAACCUGUUGGGGGCGCUGUUUGCGUCGCUGGGUGUUCUGGUGACCUCGCUGUACCAGGUGUGGGUCGGAGCUAAACAACAUGAGCUCCAGGUGAACUCCAUGCAGCUGCUGUACUACCAGGCUCCUCUGUCCUCAGGCUUCUUGCUCUGUCUGGUUCCUUUUUUCGAGCCGCUGACCGGAGAGGGCGGGAUCUUUGGACCCUGGUCACUUUCUGCUGUGGUGAUGGUGCUGCUGUCGGGCGUCGUGGCGUUCCUGGUCAACCUGUCCAUCUACUGGAUCAUCGGAAACACCUCGGCCGUCACCUACAACAUGUUCGGUCACUUCAAGUUCUGCAUCACUCUGAUUGGAGGAUACCUGCUGUUCCAGGACCCACUGUCACUCAACCAGGCGUUGGGGAUCCUGUGCACCUUGGCAGGUAUCUUGGCGUACACUCACCUCAAACUGGCUGAGCAGGAGGAGGGGAAGAGCCGACUGGCACAGCGGCCGUAGCCCCGCCCACCUGCCGUGUCAUCACCUGCACUGACUCCUGCCAUUGGCCAGUUUCACAGAUGGCUUUUUUUUAUUUUAUUAAGAAUAUUUUUUCAGGAAAAUAAGAACUGAUCUACUGUCAGUUUGAGGUGGAGUUCCAGCUCCGCCUCACCACCUCUUUUCCCAGAAUUCCCUGCUGCUUGUCGCUGCAGGUGAUGGACAGUCUCUCCUGUCGCCUGCAGCUGACUUUAAUUCUGUUUCCAAACUUCCAAAAUUUUUAUUUUUUAUGUCUGUAGUCGCUCAGCAAACCUCGGCCGGGUCAGAGAGCACAAACUUUCAAAUUAACUUCCCAGAAUUCCCUGCUGCCGCUGGAUUGGAGGAAGUGGAUGUUGAAUGGGUGUGGCUCAACAACAACCAAUCAACAGUGGACUAUCAUUUAGAGGACCAUCAUAGAAAGCCGGUCCAAACCGGUUCAGACUGAAAACAUGAAAAUGAAAGCUUGUCUUGUAUACAGCAGCUGCUCUCAGCCAAUCAGAGCGUCCGAAAACAUUUGAAAAUCUCCUCAGCCUCAUUUGAGCUUCAGGCCUCAAAGGUCUUCAUUUUGUUUUGUUGUUAUUUUAUUUGUAUUAUUAUUUUUUAUAAGCGUCAUCAGUUGUUUGACAUCUUUUUUAAUUUAAAAGAGCAUCCAGGUUUUCAUGUGUUAGUUUGGUUUUAUUUGAUCUGACUUUCUAAAAGGGCUUUAAAGUGUCGGUCAGAGACUUCCCAUCAUGCACGGCUGGCUGUGACUUAUGGGUUGCCAUGGUAACCUUCACGGUAACCAAAGAGUUACUCAGUGCAUCUUUUUUUUAUUAUUGUUUUAUCCACGUUCAGCAGCUGUAACAGCAUGUUGCCAUGGUAACCACAAUAGGUCACCAUGGUAACCGUAAUGAAAGAGAAGAGCGCCCUUCCGGGGGAUUUUUACUGAACUGACCUGAACCCAUCACUUUUUGUUCCCUUUUUUUAAAAAACUGUAUUUAAUGUCAUUUUCAUACUCGUGACUGUUAAAUAAAAAAGUUUCUCUCCUUGUU